CUCCGCUCCGCGCCGGCCGCCCGCGGCGCCGCCAUGUACCCGGCCUGGGGCCUUUACGGGGCGGCGGGGCACUACCCGCCGCCGCCCACCUCCAUCCCUCCGCCGCCGCUGCCCAUCCCUCCGCCCAGCGUGCCGCCGCCCGCCGUGCCGCCGAUGCCGCUGCCCAGCUACCCGCCGCCGGGCCCCGCGCCCCCCGCCGCCGCCCCGCCGCCGCCGCCCAGCGGCACCUCGGGCUUCCUCAGCCUGCAGGAGCAGCACCUGGCGCAGCUGCAGCAGCUCCAGCAGAUGCACCAGAAGCAGCUGCAGUCCGUGCUGCUCGGGCCGCCGCCGCCGCCGGGGCCGCCCCCCCCGGGGCUGCCCCCGCCGCCGCUGCCCGGCUCCUUCCCGGACUGGCAGCAGCCGCCGCCCGCCGUUCCUCCGCCGCCGGUGCGCAGCUACCAGAAGCAGUUCUCCCACCGCGAGCCGCCCCCCGCCGCCCGCAAGCCGCCGCCCGCCGCUACUUCCCGGGAGCGCGACGGCGCGGAGCCGCCCGCCGGGCACGGCGAGUGGGGCGAGCCCGCGCCUUCCGAGCCCGUGCCCAUGGACAUGGAGCUGUCGUCGCCGCCGCAGUCCCCGCAGCCCGCCGCGCAGCCAUACCUACCCGCGCAGCCAUACCUGCCGCCGCCCGCCUCCUCCCCGCAGCCCCAGCCCUACCUGCCCCGUCCGCAGGCCUCGCAGCCGCCGCCCGCCUUCUCCGAGCCGCCCCCCUCUUACCUGGAGCCCCCUCCGAGCGGCGCCGCGCCGCCCUUUCUGCCGCCUCCCGCGCAGCCCUACCUGCCCCCCCCGCAGCCCUACCUGCUGCCCGCGCAGGCCUCUCCCUCGCAGCCCGCUCCGCCCGGCCCCGCCGCCAAGGCCGCCCAACCCCGCUUCACCCCCCCGCCCGCCGCACUGCCCGAGGGGGGCACGGAGGGAGGCACGGAGCAGCGCGGCACCCCGCAGCCCGACCCGGCCACCAUGACGCCCCAGGAACAGCAGCAAUACUGGUACCAGCAGCACUUGCUUAGUCUACAGCAAAGAGCAAAAGCCCAUGCUCAGGGACAGCAGCAAAUGAAAGGCCCAGGAGUAGGGAAGGAUUCAUCUGAACAGAGAGCAAAGUCUGAAGAAGGGAAAAUGAGUGCUUCAACUCAGCAGUCUGAACUUCCUCCGCUUAAUGAAUCCUUGCCUCCAGCAUCUAAGGAAGAUGAGUCUUCUCUCACAUCCUCUGAUACUCAGCUUAAUAUUGAUCCUCCUGAUGACCCCGAGGAAGAUUUGAGAUUGCAGCAGUUGCAAGCAGCAGCAGCUCAAUGGCAGCAGCAUCCCCAUCACCGAGUUGGAUUUCAGUACCAGAGAAUAAUGCAGAAGCAUGCCCAACUGCAGCAGAUAGUACAGCAGUAUCAGCAAAUCAUGCAGCAGCCUCCCCAUCUACAGACGAUGUCAGUGGAGAUGCAGCUGCGACAUUAUGAAACGCAGCAGAAACAGUUCCAGCAGCUUCAUAAAGACUGGGAGCGAUCAAUGAACCAACAGUGGCAGCAUCAGCUUCAAACCUAUCCUCACAAAGACCAACUUCAGGAGUAUGAGAAGCAGUGGAAAGCAUGGGAUGAACAGAUGAAGGUCACUCAGUCCCAUCUGCAGGAGAAAGUGAGCUCACUCCAAAAUUUGAAGAAUCAGUAUCCUGCAAAUGUUUCACUUCCGCCUCCAUUUGUUCCAUAUUCCCAAUCUGCUCAGGGUGGCAUUCCUGUUAUGCCUCCAACUUUGCCUUCAACUACACCUCCACUGGUGCCCCCACCUCUGUCUUCUGUAUCUCAGUUAUCCAGCUCCUCUGUCCCUUCAGGAUCCAGUUCUCAAAGUGGUCAAUCUACUGAAACACCAAGGCCAGCUCUGCUUCCCACUCCUGGUACCUAUGCAUCAAAAAUAUCUAGUUCACCUGUGUAUUCAGCUUACCAUUCUCAAGGAAGUUCAUCCUUCAGCUCUUCAGACCAUGGAAAGUCUCAAGUUCACCAUAAUAAACAAACUGAGCAAGGAUGUGGGGAGCUGAGAACCCCUUCUGCAUUGUCUUCAACAUACACACCUACUGUGCAGGAUAAACCAGUGAGAUCAGGUGGAUUGCUUCCAGAUCCUCCCAGAUCAGCACGUUUUGAAGGCCCUAGAGGUCCUCGAUUUGAUGGACCUCGAGGAAGAGGAUAUGACAAAUUUGAAGGCUCAAGACCGAGAGGGCCCCGUUUUGACUCCCAGCGCUCAGAAGGACACAGGUCACGUUUUGACCGACAGAAUACCGAUGGACAGCAUACGAGUAGAUGGGGCAAUAUCCCACGUGGACCAGCAGGACAAUUUUAUACCUCCCAAAAUACAUCACAUGCACAUGGUUCUCGACCUGGUGGUCCACGGUGGAGGGGGCCUAGGCCUCAUUUAGGACAGCAGCAGUCACAAACAGACUCAAGAUCAGAAAACAAAGAGCCUUUUACAGACAUAGCUGGCAAUCAGCAGACUGUAAGUGGAACGCAAUCUCCUCCUGAUGUGAAGAGUACCAGUUCUGUUGAGCCAAGUGAAGACCUGGCAAACACUCAACAGGAACCAUCCAAAGCUGAAGUUAAAGAAACCACUUCAGACCCUCCUAAAAAGUGGACGUGGAGUUCACAUGAUCCUAACGAGCAAGUAGAAGAGUCCAAAGCAAGUACUUCACCUAUUCCAAACCAGAAUUCAACAUCCCUUUCUGGUAACUCUGCAGCUUUGCAGUCAGGUGUUGCAAGGACAGGAGGUGCAGUAACCCCUGUAACAGGAAAUGAGGAUCUGGAUUCCACAGACAGUCAGUUGCUUGAUUCAGAUAGUACCCAGGGCCUACCUGGGCCAGAAGGCAGAGGGAAGGGGUCUUUUAUGCAUGAAGAUAGAGGCAAGGGGCAUAUGAACAGAGGAAGAGGACAGGGCAGAGGACAGGGAGAUGGCCGUGGCUGGGGAAUGGGCCGUGGCAGAGGCAUGGGCAGAAUGGAUGGCAGAGGCAUGGGCAGGAUGGACGGCGGCCGGGGAAUGGGAAGAAUGGAUGGUGGCUGGGGAAUGGGCAGGAUGGAUGAUGGCCAUGGCUGGGGAAUGGGCAGGAUGGACGAUGGCCGUGGCAGAGGAUAUGUGUACAGAGGCAGAGGGCAGGCUAGGCAGGCAUCCAUCCGUGGCAGGGGCAUGUUCAGGAGAGCAGGCAGCAGGGAGAGGAUGCCAGAUGGGCGGUCGGGAAGCAGGGAGAGGAUGCCAGAUGGACGAUCUGGCAGCCGAGAGAGGACAAUGGGUGGCCGAUCUGAUAGCCGGGAGAGGGUGAUGUCUAGCCGAGACAGAGAGCUGGCUGGGCGGCCGGGCAGCCGGGACAGGGGACAGCGGGCAGGCAGCCGUGAAAGAGGCCCUGUCAGACGGGCAGGCAGCAGGGAGAGGGAGCCCAUGCGAAGGGCAGGCAGCAGGGAGAGGGAGCCCAUGCGGAGGGCAGGCAGCAGGGAAAGAGUCCCAGUCAGGCGGGCAGGCAGCAGGGAGAGGGUCCCUGUUAGGAGGGCAGGUAGUCGUGAGAGAGGUCCUGUUAGGAGGGCAGGUAGUCGUGAGAGAGGUCCUGUCAGGAGGGGGGAUAGCCGGGAGAGGGAAGCAGGAGGCAAUAUGGAUAAACCAAGUCACCUAGGAGAUGACCCUGACAACAUGCCUCCUUACCAUCGAGAUGAGACACUCAGGGGUUCUUGGAGUCAUGAAGAUGAGAGAAUGCAUGAGGAAUUUCCUAUGGAUAGUAGAGAUGACCCUUCAAUGGAGCACGAGCAUUUGGAUGACUGGGAAAGAGAACGAUACUGGAGAGAUCACAACUCUGAUUAUCAGGAUGAUUCUGUAGAUCCGUAUGAUAGAGAUGACAGGCUGCCAUCUCACCAUUCAAUGCCUCCAUUAUCUCCACUACCACCACUACCUCAUUUAUCAUCUGAUCAUGACAGACGAGAUUCAUGGUGGGAUGACUGGAAAAGGCCAAGGGAGAGGGAACUAGAAAGAGAUCUGGAUAGGACUGGAAGAUCCUCAGAUAUUUAUGAUCAAGAUUUGGACAGAGAAUGGGAUAAUAGAGACUGGGACAUGAGACCUAUGGAUGACAGAGAAAUGGGGAAUCGUGACCUGGAUAUUCCCCCUCUACCACCACUACCACCACUUCCACCUCUGGACAGAUAUCGUGAAGACAGGUGGAGAGAGGAUAGGAAUAGAGACCAUUAUGACAGAGACCUCCGAGACAGGGGUGAGCUGAGAAUUCGAGAGUAUCCAGAGAGAUAUGACACGUGGCGGGAGAAACAAGACUUUGUUCCUGAAAUGAAUGAUUGGGAGAGGGAACGGUUGUCAGAUAGGUGGUAUCCAGAUGAUGGAGACAGAGUACGAUCUUUGGAUGGUCAGCUGGAUUCAUCCCUUCUUCCACCUUCACAUUCCUCUGAUAUGCUGGGAACAGAUUCCAGCCUGGACUCAGAGCAGUCCUUGGGGGGAGUGAUGGUCCUGAGCCAAAGACAGCAUGAAAUAAUUCUGAAAGCUGCCCAGGAGCUCAAAAUGCUUCGAGAGCAAAAAGAACAGCUGCAAAAGUUGAAAGAGUUUAAACCUGACAUUUCCACGCAGGACCCUCCGAGAUCACAGAACACAGGCACAAGGCCAGGUGCCUUUCAGGAACGCUGGGAUGAGGAUUCUUUCCACGGACUCUGGGACACAAAUGAGGAUAAAGGAGCAAAUAUGGAUUAUGAAUUACGUAAACAGGAGUCAAUGAUGCCUCCACCAGUGUCCUCGCCUGUGAAAGUACCUGCUGUUCACACCUCUGUUCCGUCAGCUGUACCAGGAUCAAUUCCUCCAGUUAUUCCACCGGUUCCUAAAGCACCUGUAAUUCAACAAACUGUGGAUUAUGGCCAUGGGCGAGAUAUAACCACCAGUAAAGUGGAACAGAUUCCAUAUGGGGAGAGGGUAACUCUGCGUCCAGAACCUCUACCAGAGAGACAAACAUUUCAAAAAGAGCACCCUGGUCGUUACAACAGAGAAAGAGACCGUGAGCCCUAUUUUGAGCGUCAAGGCAACUCAAACACGGAUCACAGGGAUUUCAAGAGGGAGAGGGAAUUGCACAGAGACCGCAGUUCUGUGGACUAUGACCGAGAGAGAUUUGAAAAAGAGCGUCAUCCCCGAGACGAUAGGAUUCUUCCUACUGCACCGUCAAGGACUCAGUCUUACCGUGACAAGAAAGACCAUCCCUCCUCCAGGAGGGGCGGAUUUGACCGACCGCCGUAUGAACGAAAGACAGAUCGUCCAGCGUAUGAUCACGGGCCUUCCAUGUUUGGAGAAAAUUCUUCUGUCCAAUCACUGGAAUUUGAAGGUGAUCGUAGAAAUUACCCUGAGGAAAGGAUUCCUAUUUCUGCUCCAUCAAUGCCCCGUCAGCCACCACCUGCUCCACGAGUGGAAAGGAAGCCAGAAUCCAAAAAUGUAGAUGAUAUUUUGAAGCCACCAGGACGAGAUAGCAGGCCAGAGAGGAUUGUAAUCAUCAUGAGAGGGUUGCCUGGCAGUGGAAAGACACAUGUAGCAAAACUCAUCAGGGAUAAGGAAGUAGAGUGUGGAGGACCUGCACCAAGGGUGCUCAGCCUGGAUGACUAUUUCAUCACUGAGGUAGAAAAGGAAGAGAGAGACCCAGAUACAGGGAAAAAAGUAAAAAAGAAGGUGAUGGAAUAUGAAUAUGAAGCUGAUAUGGAAGAGACUUAUCGUACCAGCAUGUUUAAAACUUUCAAAAAGACAUUGGACGAUGGCUUCUUCCCCUUCAUCAUCCUUGAUGCUAUCAAUGAUAGAGUGAGACAUUUUGAGCAGUUCUGGAGUGCAGCAAAAACCAAGGGUUUUGAGGUGUACUUGGCUGAAAUGAGUGCAGAUAACCAGACCUGUUCCAAGAGGAAUAUUCAUGGACGCAAGCUAAAGGACAUCAGCAGGAUGUCUGAUCACUGGGAGGCAGCACCACGUCACAUGAUGCGUCUGGACAUUCGUUCUCUGUUGCAAGAUGCUGCUAUUGAAGAGGUGGAGAUGGAGGAUUUUGAUGCAAAUAUUGAAGACCAGAAAGAAGAAGCCAAAAAGGAUACAACAGAGGAAGAAGAAAGUGAACUGGGUUACAUUCCGAAAAGCAAAUGGGAGAUGGACACUUCUGAGGCAAAGCUAGACAAGCUGGAUGGUUUGCGGACUGGCACUAAAAGGAAACGUGACUGGGAAGCAAUUGCCAGCAGAAUGGAAGAUUAUCUGCAGCUUCCAGAUGACUAUGAUACACGUGCUUCUGAACCUGGAAAGAAGAGGGUGCGGUGGGCAGACCUAGAAGAAAAGAAAGAUGCAGACAGGAAAAGGGCCAUUGGUUUUGUUGUUGGACAAACAGAUUGGGAGAAGAUAACAGAUGAAAGUGGUCAUCUUGCAGAGAGAGCCCUCAACCGCACCAAGUAUAUAUGAAAAAGUGGUUAAUUGGGAUUUUGUGCCUUUAAGGCCACUUGCUCUGAGGAGAUGUGAACCAGGGUGUCAUGAGCAUCUUGCAUGGGUCAUGUCACUCCCACCUUCACAGUUUUCAUUUGUUAUUUUAGUUUCAGCAAUUUUUUGAGAUAUUGGCAAAUAACCAGUGCCCUCAAAAAAAAAAAAAAUCCCACUGCUCCUAAAUGAGAGAAACAGUUUACUUUUUAAUAUUUUUGGAGGGGAGGGAGGGGGAGGGCCAGUAGUUUUAGCUGCUGUUAGUGGGAUAAAGUGGAAGGAUUAGACGGAUGUUACCUCCACUGUACUGUCACAGAAUGUUUUAUCACCUUUGCUUUGUUGCCGUUCUCGUUUUAUACUGUAUGUACCUUGUAGCUUAUUGUAUUAGGAAGCAGAACAAUAAAUUUCACUAUAAACUCUGUGUUCUUGGUGGACCAUACAGCAUGGAUUUUGUUUCACCUUUUAAUGUGGUGCGUGUCUUCACAUGUUGACAGUACUCAGAACUGUCCUUACCUGGGAGAGGUGCUGUGCUCAUAUUCUGGAAUGUGUCCUGUCUUCUAGGUUGAUCACCCACUCUUUUUCUCAUAGACAGCUCUAGUAAGGCCUCAGGUUUUGCUGGCUUUUAGAAAUUACACCAUACUCUUCCUCCAUGGUGGAGAGCAGAAAUGAUCAUUUUCUGGAUCCUAGUUUCUCAGUUAUGUCAAAUUUCCAUUAGUACAUGAGUAUAAAUUGUUUUGGAUGGCUCUGAAAUACUCAUAGUAGUAAUGUAUGAAGAACGUUUAUUUAAUGCUAAACUUGAAAACAAGUACUACAGAGUUCUGUGGAGAGCAGUCUAGAAAAUUGAUUCUGAUCUUACUGUGUCUUUUAGUGAAUGCUGAUCCUUACCAGGGCUUUUCAUUCCAUUCAUAAGUCUACUGUGUUGUAGAGAAACAUCUUUAAAAGAAGCAACAAAGACCAAAUACUAUGACCCUCUAUUCUUUUAAUAAAUGCUUAACUUGCUGAAAAAGAAAAAUAAUACUCCACAGUAUAAAACUGAUAAAAAAUUCUUCAUAGCUGGCGGCAUUCCACUUCUGCAUAGUAUCACAGGUUUACUGGUGAAAACUUUGUUUUGCCCACUCAAGUUUUGAAGGAAAUACCUCUUGUUAACAAUGUCAUAACCAGUCAAGGUGUUUAAAUCUGGAAAUAAUUGUUAUUUUUGUGGUGAACUAAAAUCUUUAUCCUAAUCUUUUAGAGGGAAGCAAUCAGAGUCCUGAAUUUCCUUCUUUGCUACUCUUUGUUGCUCUGCUGAGCAAUCGUAUUGUGUUUCCUUUCUAGAUUGGGAAAUCAGCUGUUUCUGAUGUGGCAGUAGUUCAUGCCAUUAAGAAGAGCAAGUGGUGCUAAGGGUGGUUGUGUUUGCCAUUCUAAUGAUUUAGUUUAUUGGGCAUUUGUCAGCUUUGUCUGUGCUGUAUGAUUGAAACCUCUUUGGAAAGGAGUGUAUGAGUAUAUGAACUUGCUCUGCCCUGAAUGUUUUUAAUACAAGAAAAUCAAGCUUCCUUAAUACAGAAACAGAAUGUAAAGAAUGUGUGCUUUUUUCUGUAUGUAUACUAUGAUGUAGCAUAUAUACUGUCGUUUUAAAUGUUGCCAAAUAUUCUUUGAAUUCUGAUUGAGAGUUGUAUAGGAGAAACAUAGUUAACAAAAAAAAACCCUAGACUUUGUGUAUUACCGUGGAAAUCCAGCACAUUUCACUUCAGGGAAGCUUCUCUCUCAAGUACAUGUCAAAUGGUUUUCAACCUACUGUAAGUACUCUGUAACAAAACUAGAGUUCUUGUGACACCCCACUGUUAUGAUUUGAUGCCAUUUCUUGACUUGAUUAUUGUUUUAUCUGUAUUUCUAGUGGUAAGCAUAAACCAUGACCUUUUCUGACACCUUCUUUCCAGGCUAAAUAAUAUUUCGUUAAAAAUAUUUACUACUUUUAACAAUUUUGAAAAGUAUUUCAGCAGAUAACACUCAGAGGGAUCAUGCUGAAUUUAUUCUGUGGUGAACACAGUUAAAGAGAUAGAGAAUUAACAUAAAGUUAUGAUUUAUUCUGAUAAGCAAAUGUAUAAAUUCUCAAAUUUAGGUCAGAAUUUCAUCUGUUAAAACAGCUUAGGAGCUGUUGACGUUUUUGCUGACUCCCUUUCCAUUGCCAUGCCACAUAGAACUCAUUAAGUGAACUUCACCAUCUGUUUCAUUUGGUUUGAAUGUUUAGCAGGUCAGUCUUCUAUCUGCUUUAUGCGAAGUGGCUCUCAAAGAAAAUAACGUUUUGCCAGAAUUGCACCCUGUAACAGAUUCUGUGUACUCUAGUUUUUCAUUGAAUGAAGAAAUCAAACAAAAAAAAUGAGAAAUUCAUCUUUCCUGCUGGCAGAACUGAGAAAAGCACAGGACUGUCCAACUAGGUUUAUGGUUGUCAGAGCUUGAUGAUCAGUGAUUUCUCUUUUGUCUGGAAAAGCCUUUGCUGCAGAAACCAGUAAGGCUUGAUCAUGAUUUAAUUCUUUCUCAUCUGCUCUCUGAUACUGGCAUUAGAACCUCUCACUGCAUUGAACAGAAAAAAAUGCCCUCUUUCACUGUUGGCUAGCUAGGAAAAUUUGCACCUGGCACUUCCAAAUAAUGAUUCUUCUUUGACUCUACAUACAAUUGUGUUAACUUUGAAUUGGACUGUUUCUGUGUAGCGCAGCACAUCUAAAAAUAAAACCUUACACAAAGUUAUCAAUUACUGCAGAAUUGAGCUACUACCUCUUAAGCAAAGGUGACUGUUUUAAAGAGUAUUUUCUGGGAUUUACUAUUUCUUAUGGCACUUCAGUUUUUCUCAAGACUAUCUCCUUUGUUAAGAAUAUUGGAACUACCUACCUCAUGGAAGAAAUACAUGGGCUUUUUACAACGGAACUUGCAACCUAAGACAUGAUGUGAGUAUAUUGGUAGAGCUUAGUUGUCAUUUUUUGCUAUCUUGUGUGUUUAGUCUAGGAUUGCUCAUUAAGCAUAUUGGCCUGACUGUGGUAUGCAAGGGUAAAAACCCACCAUAUACUAUUACAUCACUUCUGGAAAUUUCGUGGUUGUCUCUUUCUUAAAUGUUUACAUCAACAUAGACAACCCACCUUGCAUUAUUAGUUCCCUGUCCUUAAAGGAGAAGAGCUGGCGGUUGGUACAAGUUGGAUCUCCACUUUCCUUGCCUGUCUGUUUGGAAACAAUGUGUUGUUGUUAAUGUCUGUUUUUUAAGGUCUUGCCUUAACUAUUUUCUGAAGCCUUUUGAUUAUGAAGAGUAAUUAUUUGUAAUUUAAAUUGGAAAGGAUACUUCCAGCAGAAAAAUAGUCUCUUUGGUUAGUGUGCUUUGAAAUUAGAAGAACAAGACCUCAGGCCAAAAUAUGUUUUUCCAAAUUUGAGAAGAUCUCUGGAACACUCUGAGAUUCCUUUUGAAAGGAAUGAAGUAAUUCAGCCUGUAGGACAGCACGUUGCCCACUAAACAACUUUGUAGUUAACAGAAGAAAAGUAUUAUUUGCCAAUAUAAAUCCACUUAUUUAUUGUGGCUAUCAUGACUUGUUACAUGCCCUUUGGACUCAAUUUCCCAUAGCAGAUUGUGCAAUGUUAUUAAUAUUACUGCCAUGAAAUUAUGGAAACACAAUAUUGAACGAACCUCAGGACAUGAAUAAAUGGUUGGUCUGAGAUGAACAUAAAUUGAACGUUUUGCUUUGAAAUUCCUAAUAUUUCUGCCAGUUAACUAACUGAAUUAAUUGGACUGAAACUCAGGAUCUCUCUUGGAGUGUUGUUACUCAGCGUAUGUUGACUGGAAAGGGGAAGCAGUGCUGAGAGUCUUUGUGUGUGACACAUGCAGCUGGUCUGCAUCCUCAAGAAGUCAAAUGCUGGUAGGUGUGUUGCUCUUCUUAUUAAGCCUCUCUUCGUUAUUUAUUGUUUCCCAGAUUAGUUUUGGGAAACAAAGUUGCAGUACUUCACUUGAUCCACGGACAGUUUGGGAUCAAAUAAAAAUAUAACCUGCAUACCAUGAGAUAAAGUGUUUGAGGAACAGAGAUGGCCGUUUAAAUUGAGAUCCACACAUCUGCAGCAUGAAUUGUAAGUGGAUAAAAAGAAAUUCAAGUUCUUAAGGUGCCAUGAAACACUGAUUUUAGUUAGUUGUCCUGAAGUAGAAAUGAGAAGGAAAUUCCCUAGAAUUUAAAAUAUUAAUGGCACGAUUCUCUUUAUUUUGCGCCUGUAAGGCAAUCUUCAUUACUCCCAUGAAACUUGAUUCAAUGUAGAUUUCUCAUUUGCUCAUUCAUUCCUACAGAUGAGAGUCAAAAUCAUUCUGCAUGCAGCUUUUCCACAUAACUUUUCUGAUUUAUGCUCAAGAUUAAUCACUUCCUUUUUCACAGUGAAAUUCUUUUGUUUCAUUCUUGCCAGUAGAUUUUUCUAGUGAUUAUGAAAUCUUUCUACCACUUCAGAAAUUCUGGCGUAUUGGAUCUGCAGUCUGGAGCCUUACACCUUCCUAAUGUAUGUAGGCUGGAGAAUUGCUAAUGACAGUAUUUGAUGUGGAUUAUUGCUUUUUAGCUGAUUAAUGUUGUUUGGGAGCAGAAUAUGCUCUUCUGUUCAUGAUUUUGCUUAAACGAAGGUAAGCAUAAGUAGUACUGUUGCUGCACACACACACAAGAGUUACAGAGAAUUAAGGGAUAACUGAAAGUGUUUGAAGUAGUUGAUGUUUUCAAUUUUGUGUUAGAUUUCUAGUCAGGGAUCUCUGAUCUCUUUGAAUUUUAGGAUUUAGAGUUUAAAAUGAAAAUCCUUAAAGCUGUCUGGAUGGAUAUUUUUUUCCUUGAAUUUUUCUAACUUGUGGAAGACUCGCAUGGAAUCUCUAGACCUUUCUCUGGGGUUUGUAUUUCAGAAUUUGAAUCAUUCAAGUCUUUCUCUGUAUUGCUUCUGUUGUAUUUGUGCGCAGGGACUACAUUUAUUUCUUCAGCUGGUUGGGAUAAGAGUAUAUCAGUGGAUGUUCAGCUUUACACAGGAAGUUUCUGACAUACUUUAUUUGGAUGGCAUCCAAACUGUCUGGUAUAAACCCUGUAUUCAUACCUGACGUUGCACUUAACAGUCUCGGGGGAAUACAUGAAGACCCCUUCGGUUAUUAACUGUUUUCCGGUUCUUGAAAUGUUGCUGUCUUUAGAGGGAAGUUGUAACUGCAGUGUUUCUUGAGCGGGAAUGUUUUGACAGGUAGGUAAUACAGGCAAUGACUUUGAUUUGGAACUGCAUGCUACGUGGAAGGGAAGGUAUCCAAAGCAGCAUGUAACAAUUACCUUUUUAUUCAGUUUUUGUGUCACAUAAACAGCAACAGAGUUUUCUUGACCACUGUUGCUGAUCCAGGUGGAAGCCUUUUCUCUUGUAGCUUAUUUCUUCUGAAUAUACUAUAUUGUUGUUCAAAGCACAGAAAACAUAACGUUGCUGAUGGACAAGUGUGUCAGUCUACAGUGUUUCAAUCUAUCAUUCAUUGUGGAUGCUGAGAACUCUUGUGCAAGUCAUCAGAUUACCGGUGUUCUUUGAGGUGUUUGCUUUUCCAUUUUCUUUGAACUGAAGUUGCCAAAUUCUUUUAUUUGAAGAUGUGGACAAAUUAACUUAUCUGAUAGAUCUCAUUGUACUCUUCAGUUUGAAUCACCAGGAAUCAAGAUUUUUAGGUAAUGACAACCAGAUGGCACUGAAGCUUUGUUUUCAUGUUCGCAUUUGAUUGGAGAGAAAACAUAAGUCUGAAAUUAUUUCCAUCAUCGUUAUAUUUUUGUGGUUUCAUAUUGCCCACUACAAUCUUAAACUAUUAACUUCUACUUUUUGAAAGAAAAAGCUACCACUUUUCCAUGGAAAAAAAGUUCAGUGGUUAAACAUUGCACGUUAAACCUACAUACUGCAUAAAUACGGAACAAGGUCUUCAGUCUGCCUUAACGAGAGGUAUCAAAAUGAAAUUCUCUCUUUAUAUCCUGCCAAAACAUUUGACAACAGCUGACAUCUAAUGAAAACUGGGAUUUAACUUGCUAGUAGCUGCAUUUGGUUUGUGGAGUCUAAGUAUAUUGUAGGAAUAAACAAUUUUGUUUUGAAACCUUCUAAGGUUUCUUACUGAAUCUUUCACUUCUUUCUUCUUGGAACAAAGAAAAAAAUGAUUUGGAAUGAAGAAAAAAUAAGGGUGAAUAUCCAAACCACAGCACAGAAGUGUUACUUCUGAUCCAAUUUCAAGAUAAAAUAUUAAGUAACUAUAAUGAAUGAAAUGUUAUGUUCUUAUUUUGUGUUUGAGACAACACCUUACUUCCUUUGCAAGAGUUGGAAGACCAACACUCACCUGCAGUUACUCCACACAGAAGGAGCACAUGAAUUAACAACUGCGCAUUCUGUUGAGGUUAGAAGGGCAUUAUAUCACCUGUAAGUGUAAAAACAUUAAUUUUUAAAAGCAUCAACAAAGGACGCUCAGCUGUAGACAAGAACAAGCUGUUUCUGUGGAGUUCAUGAAGAAGAGCCCUGCUUGUUCCUGUUUAUCUAAGCACAGAACUUCAGAUCGAUCAGAGAUUGGGCUUGAGACAGACAUCUGUCUCAAGGAAACACAUGAAACACUGACAUGGACAAUUUGAACAACUUUGAAAUGCAUGAUGUACGACAUACGUAGUGUACAUUUUGCAGUGGGCACUUCAUUGCUGAGGAAUGUGAAUACCCUUUUCCAAGGGUUUUACAAUCUGCUUAUUCCUCUUCUAGGAAUAUAAAGGUUUGUAUCUCCCUUCCCUUCUCCUAGCAGGCAGCAACAAUCUGCAAUAAAGCUGAUGGGAUGGACCUAAGGAAACUUGGGUGUAAGCUUCCUCAGUCUUACAAGUCUGUCUGCUGUUGCCUCAGUGCCACAUAUGUGCUUCAGAUGCAGUUUGAGAAGAUGGUUCAGAGAACCUUUAAUCAGUUUGUUGACAAAUCUGUAGGGGCGAGUCACGGUGAGUAUGCAGCGCUGGUGGCAGUGUGCUGGUACUGCACAACUAUCUCCUACUGAAAGAUAAGCCUGGAGCAAAACAAAAAUCUGGUUAAAAAGGUAGACUUACCUCAGUCAAGCCAGAAGUGACUGUUUGGCUCUGGUUCAAUUUGGGGAAUUGAUGAAACCUGUGACCCUCAGUGAUGAUUGUUUCUCCAGCCCACCUCUGUCAGUUGUGUCCAGUACUGGGCUGUAGAAGAUCAUCUCAGUGCUGUGGCUUUCCAUCUUCUUUCAUGUCUAAGCUACAUUUAUAAUGCACUGCAUUGAAGGAGUAUCCAGAAGUUGACUGGCAUGAUUUGUGUUUUGCUAAAUCUGAAAACACCGACCAUGCCACACUGACACAUUGUGUUCUUUGAUGGUUUACUGGAUUCUGCAACAAAUCCUACUCUUGAAUUCCAUCUCAAAAGCCACAAUUGUUCCGCCCAGUGCAGUAGCAUCCAGAGAGAAGUUCUUUGGUAGUGUCUGCUGUGCUUGGACAGUCUCCAAGUGACUGUCCUUCCUCUCAGAGUAUUGCAGAAGUUCUCUUUAUUCAGACACUUUUUUCUCCAUAUCUCAUCUCUUUUGGUGAUAAAGUCUGUAAACAAUAAGUACAUGUGCUGUGUUCUUCUAAUGGGCAGUUGUGUAUCAUGCCUCAUCAAACAGAACCUCAGAAAUAGACAUUAUUUAUAAAUCUGCACAGUUGAUGCUUAGUCCAAGGCUGGUGAUGCCGUGACUGCACUUGUGCAGGAGUGCUUCAUCGGGGUGUUCUUAUUCGCAGAUGGGUUGAUUUUAAGUGCUGUUCCCUUGGAAAAUAUUCUUUAUGCGGUCCUGAAUCGGUCUCUUAUUUAGAUGAGUCCUUUAGAUUGAGACUUUGAUAUAUGAAUUCCUCCAGUUUAAGAGUUUUCUUAUUCUAAGAUGUGUCAUUUAUCUCUUGCAGCAGUCAUUAAUUUUCCUUCUGUGGACUAUUUUGGCAUUUCCUUUAUCGUAGUUUGUCCUUAUCUAUGUGCAUCAAGAUGAAGAAAGUCUCUUUUCAACAGCUAAAGACCCUAGUGAAUGUAGAUGUACAGGAGAGACAAAAGAUGUGCCUCUCUCCUUAUGUGCAGUUAGGUUUGUUGUUGUUAUUUUCUGUAUUUUCUGCAUUUUUCUAUAAGCCAUGACCAAAUGUAUGAUCCAGCUCAUCUGUAUAUCUCAUAAAACUUAAAUAAAUGUGUGAUGCUGAAA